UAUAUUCGCAGAGGUUGGGUUAGUGUGGGCACCCGACGCAGUGCAUCUCCGACAAUAAAGCUAGUUAUUAACCCAUCAAUGCUAAGACUGAAUCAAAAUGCAGUCGUCUUUUCUUAGCGUCGCAUUGCUGUCAUUUGUACCAGUUUUCAUCGCAUCAUAUUUCGGUGGAGUUUCCGCUGAGGGAAAUGGAAGGGGAUUUGGCGACCAUAUACACUGGAGAAGUCUGGACGACGGGAAAAAGGAGGCUGAAGCGAGUGGACUACCUGUUAUGGUCAUUAUCCACAAGACCUGGUGUGGAGCCUGCAAAGCUCUUAAGCCCAAGUUCGCUGAAUCUAAGGAGAUAUCUGAGUUGGCCCACAACUUUGUCAUGGUUAACUUGGAGGAUGAAGAGGAGCCAAAAGAUGAGGACUUCAACCCUGAUGGAGGCUAUAUUCCCCGAAUACUGUUUCUUGAUCCCAGUGGUAAAGUCCAUCCUGAGAUUACAAACAAGAAUGGAAACCCUAACUACAAGUUUUUCUACAGUAAUGCAGAUCAUGUUGUUGCCAGCAUGAAGGAGGCUCAGGAAAAACUGACCGGAGAUGCCUUUAGAAAGGCUCACACAGCUGACGAGCUCUAGAGAGGCACAGUGGCAGCCUGGACAGUAUUGUAGCCAGUACACUACAACACUUUCAAACAACUUUGCACUGGGGCCUGACCAACCAUAAACUCAUUUCAGCUUACCCUGUCCAGUAUAGCAAAACGGUAACCUCUAAAAUGGAUGAAUUUACACUGGAUCCACUUCCCUGUUUUAAAGUAUUGCAAAGUCUCUCAGCUGUCUGUAACAUGACAUAAAAUGAACCAAAGCAUACUACUCAGCUGUCCAUUCGUUAAGGGUGCUAUUGCGUGUUGUUUUUAAGAUGAUGAAAUAGGAUCUGGUAUUUUGGGGAUGUAUUCUUUAUUGUACCUUCAUCUACAAUGUUGGGUAUGGAGCAGCAUGUUUGCACUGCCUUCCUACUGUAUUUUUUUAAGGUACUCAUCAUUCCAUUAAAACAAAGAAAUGGUACUGAGUUCACUUCAGAUGGCAAAACAGCUAUCUCGUGCUUCCAAACUCCAUUUUGUGCUGCAUAAUGACAAUAGAUUGGCCAGUCACAUAAAAAGGCCUUAUAUAUCCUGGAUAUACCCCCAGUUGUGAUUAGUUUAAAAAUAAACCUGAAAUUGGCCAUUUUGUAUUUCUGACUUUAACUGUCCUAAAACAGUGAGAUUAUUGUAAUGAGUGUUUCAUAUAUCCUGUCAACUUGUGUAAUCUAGUCAGCAGUAGGCUGUAUAGGUUCACCUUUGGUUUUAUAAGACUUGAGAUUUUUACUACAGAAGAUGCCUAUAAAUUGAAAUGUGAAGGCUCACUGGAAAAAACUGGUGUUUAGAAAGGGAAUUAUCUGUGUGGACAUGUCUUUGCCAUACUGUAUUUUUACAUAUAUAUGAGAAUGAAUGACUAAGCAAGUGUAUAAUUAAAGUUGGUACUUGGUAAAGGUUA